UUCCUUUAUCAGUGUUUACUACGAGCUCGUGGCUGCGAAACCGCAGACGACUAGAAAAACGGUUUCAUAUCUACCACAGAGUCAGGGGCUUUGUGCUUUGCCUAAAGUGAUAAUUUAAGGAUUUUAUUGAUAGUUGAGGUCCCGAUCAUGCCAACCACCUGUAAGUUUCGACUGCAAAACGAUGCCAAUAAGGUGUACUAUUGUGGCGAGAAGCUGGACGGCAGUGUGGAGCUAACAUUUACGGAGGCAAAGAAAGUGAACGGAAUUAAAUUGAUAAUCGCAGGUGUUGCUCACGUUAAGUGGCUACAGUACAGAGGUCCUAAUCGAUACAGCACAACGUUUAAGGGUAGCGAGGCCUGUUUACAUUCCGAGAUUGACCUGUUGAGAGCAGAUGGCGACACUGUGGAUGUGCCAGCAGGGAAGCACACAUACAGCUUCGAUUGUUUUUUACCACAAUCGUUACCAGCCACUUUUGAAGGAAAGCAUGGACGAAUCCAGUAUAUAAUAACUGUUAUCCUACAGCGUUCCUGGAAGGCGGACAAAAUAUUCACAAUUGAGUUCAUUGUGUUGCGAAGAGUGGAUCUUAAUGCCGAGCCACCGUCGAUUCGGGGACCUGCCCGGGCAGAGAUAAGUAAAUCGUUCCGCUGUUGGCCUUGCCGAACGGGGCCACUUCUGAUUACACUACAAACCUCAGCCACCGGAUAUGUCCCAGGGCAACGGAUUCCUGUGGUGCUGGAAAUCAAUAACGGUAGUGGUUCAAAGAUUCAAGUUAUUCAUCUCAAGCUAGUGAUGGUUGUGUCCUACACUAGCGACACUCCUCGAGGGAAAACUAAAAUCGACCGAGAAGAUGUGGUUCAUGCUGAGCUGGAUCAGAUCGAUGAUCCGGAUGAGGUGAAAUACGAGGAGAGUUUACUGAUACCGCAACUGCCAGCCACGAGUGGAGGUGAUAGUUGCUGUAAAAAAAUUAAAAUCGAGUACGAGCUGGAAGCCGAGUUGGAAGUGGGAGCAGUGCAUCAGAUGUUGAAAUUGAACAUUCCUGUCUUCAUUGGAACAAUCCCACUCAACAGCGACCGACGGGAAUCGACCAUUAUGGAAUUGGAAACAUAAGCACGCGAAUGUUGAUUUUACCAUUUUUUAGAUCAAUGUUAACAUUUUACAUAAAGAUUAUACCAUUAUACUAAAGUUUUGCAAUGUGUCAAAAAGUUUGCUUGUUAUCAGGUUAAAAUAUAAAGC